UGAAUCAUUGCCUGAACGUGUGCAAAACUUCCGCAUCUGCUUGCCUCAUCUCGUUCGCAGCGGAACAACUCCGAGAAGACGGCCGAGUACCAUUCUCCAACGCAUCCGCAAACCAUCAGUCGAAGCCAGAAAAAUGUCGAUUCAACAGGUCACUCUACUCGGAGCAGACGGCAAAUUAGGACCUUCGAUCUACGAAGCCUUGGUGUCAGCCGGCUUCACAGUCACAGUCCUGAAGCGGGAUUCCUCCAAAUCGAAAACUUCGUACCCAUCUCAAGUCUCAAUCCCGGACGCUUUCAACGUGGAAGAUCUAGUCGAAGUCCUACGCGGGCAGGAUGCUAUAGUUGUCACGAUCAAGGGCAGCGAAACAGAAUUGCAAAAGAGAAUUGCGGACGCUUGUGUCAAAGCUGGCGUGAAGCGGUUUAUACCCGCCGACUUCGGCUCCGUCGACUCCUCCAGCGCCUUGACCCAAGAACUGGUACCCUUGUACAAGCACAAAACCGCUCUGCGGGAAUAUCUCAUCGAACUGGCCCAGAAACACUCAUCCUUCACCUGGACCUCUCUCGUAUGUGGACACUUUUUCGACCAGUCUCUCGAGUUCCUUCACAUCUACCUCCCCCAACGCCGCAUCGAAAUCAUCAACGACGGCUCCCAAAAAUGGUCCGCCAGUUCCCUUGCCCAAAUCGCCCUCGCUACCGUCCGCAUCCUGCAACGUCCGGAUGUCACGGCCAACCGCAUGAUCUACAUCCAAUCAUUCCUGGUAUCGCAGAAUGAAGUCACGGCCGCGUUCGAGCGGGCGACGGGUGGAGCGAAGUGGGAAGUUGUGAGCAAGGAUUCGGAGAAGUAUCGAGAAGAGGAGAAGAAGAAGGCGGACGCGGGGGAUAAGGAGGCGGUGGAGAAUUUGGUGUGGUUGUUGGGUGCGAUUGAUGCGGAUUGGACGGGGAAGAAGGAUUUUGCGAUGGAGGAGUUGGGGUUGGAGGAGGAGGAUUUGGAUGAGGUUGUGCGGGCGACUGUGAAGAGGUUGGAAGGCUAGUGGAGACCGCAGCUGGCUUUUAGUGGAUCGAUCUGGAUCUGGGCCUGG